AUGGGCUCGCGCCUGCACGAGAACUCCAGCGCGGUGCGCAAGCGCAUCCAAAACCAUCAAUUUGACAAUGAGGCUGGGGAGGAAUACGAGGCAUCCGCCUUCGGGGGUUUCAGCGAUUACAUGCGCCGUAAGAAAAUCAAGCUGCAGAAUCGCGAUGCCGAUAUCCGCUCCUCUGCGGCGGACUGCCCGCCCAUCUUUCGCGGUGUGGUGGCGCACGUCAAUGGCUACACCCAACCCUCACUGCAGGACCUGCAUCGCCUCAUAGUGAGUCAUGGCGGGGGGUUUCUACAGUAUUUAAGCGGCAAAACAGACGCUACCCACAUUAUUGCCAGUGCCUUGACCCCCAAGAAACGCGAAGAGUUUCGCCGCUAUCGCAUCGUCAAACCGGCAUGGGUUGUCGAGAGUGUCAAGGCGGGUCGCAUGCUACCGUGGGACUCAUUUCGGGUCGUUGAUGAGGGUCAGUCCCAGAAGGUGCUCAGGUUCGAUGAUGGCCGUAUGGUCAGUCAGAUGAAUAGUCCGCGAUCUGGCUAUCGCGAGCAGACUAAUACCAGCUGGUACACUGCCCAACUUCAAGAGGCUGCAUCAUCUGUUGAGAAGACAAAUCCACAACGAUCACCGCCUCCACGCUCAGAGAUGCCUAAUAGAGAGGAUGCGACACCUGAUGACGGGUCCCAGUCGGACUAUAGCCAGUUUCCAAGUUUUGCCUCUUUGGAUGAGAUAAGCACGACUCCUAAGAUACCGUCUUCCGGGGAAGUUCGAGCGGAGACACCAGAUAAACUGUCACCAGUGGAGCAUAAAGACGCUGAACCUAAUACAUACAAACUAGAAGAUGACCAACCUGAGGUGCCUCCAGCGCCACUCCCACUGUUACGGGAAUCUAUCCCAGUGAAGCCAGAAAUGACUUCCGAAGAGUACAACGCGCAGCUACUGUCAGAUCCACACAUGAGGAAUUCCAGUGUUGCGAAUCCCCAGUUCAUCCAGCAAUUCUACAGUGAGUCGCGAUUACAUCACCUGUCAACGUGGAAGGCCGAUCUCAAAGCCCAGUUGCAGUCGGCAGCCAAGGAAAAGUCGCAGUCACAGCUGAAACGCAAGAAGCCAGCCCCCGGGGCUCGGAGGUACAUUAUGCACGUGGAUUUCGAUUGCUUCUUCGCAGCCGUGUCGACCUUGAAGCGCCCGGAGCUACAGGGAAAGCCUGUCGCGGUGGCGCACGGCACAGGCUCGGGUUCGGAGAUCGCAAGUUGCAACUACGAGGCUCGAGCACAUGGGAUCAAGAACGGCAUGUGGAUGAAGGGUGCGCUGCAAACCUGCCCAGAGCUAAAGGUGGUACCGUACGAUUUUCCAGCAUACGAAGAGGCCAGCCGGAAGUUUUACAGUGCCAUUCUUUCGGUGGAUGGUAUCGUGCAGAGUGUCAGCAUUGACGAGGCCCUGGUAGAUAUCACUACGCAAUGCCUGGAAGCUGGAGGCUCGGAUGGUAGGGGCAUUUCGGAGGGGUCACUCUAUAGGGAACAGGCCAGGGCUGAUGAAAUCGCGGACGAGUUACGGGCCACUGUAAAGAAGGAGACAGGCUGCGCUGUUUCCGUGGGUAUUGGGGGUAAUAUCCUAUUGGCCAAGGUCGCCCUACGGAAAGCGAAGCCUGCAGGUCAAUUCCAGCUCAAACCCGAUGCGGUUCUUGAUUUCAUUGGUAAUUUGACGGUUCAGGAUCUUCCUGGAGUGGGCUAUAGCCUGGGCACAAAGCUGGAGGAUUUGGGGGUAAAACUCGUCAAGGAUGUUCGAGACCUUACCCGCGAUAGACUCACGACCAGCCUUGGGCCUAAGACCGGAGUCAAGAUUUGGGAAUAUGCCAGGGGUAUUGACCGGACUGAAGUUGGCAAUGAAGUUCUGAGGAAGUCAGUCUCUGCCGAAGUCAAUUGGGGUAUUCGCUUCGUGAAUCAGACCCAAGCUGAGGACUUUGUGCGGUCUCUGUGUCAGGAACUGCAUCGCAGACUGGUCGAGAAUCUUGUAAAAGGCCAACAACUGACUCUCAAGGUCAUGCGGAGAGCACUCGACGCGCCCUUAGAGCCAGUGAAACAUCUGGGCCAUGGCAAGUGCGAUGUAUUCAACAAGAGUGUGGUCCUUGGCGUGGCGACGGAUGCAGCCGAUAUUCUGGGCAAGGAGGCAGUGGCCAUGCUACGCAGCAUGAAUCUAUCACCUGGUGACUUGAGAGGGCUGGGCGUUCAGAUGACCAAACUCCAGCACCUCCAGACGAGCUCUCCCUCAAAGUCUGGCCAACGACAGCUCAAUUUCAAGGCAUCGCCGGUCCGCAAAAGCAUCGAGCGUCAAGAUCCUGAUAUUCUAGACAGUCCUCAGAAGGGGGAGACUGAGUCGGUGAAGCCCGUCCCUUCAUUCAGUGAGAGUGGCCGGCCGCUCAAUGUUUCGGGAACCCAAUUCAUCUUGCCGUCACAGACUGACCCCAAGGUCGUUGCCGAGCUGCCGAAUGAUAUCCGGUCGCGACUGAUCGCUCAGGCCAGACCUCGAGCGGAGUCACGCUCCGAGUCCCCGUGCCCUACCAGUCGCCCUCGGGCGCCUGCGCCUGCAGAACUUCCUCCCCAGUCCGAGCUCGACCCGGAUACAUUAGCCGCCUUACCAGAGGAUGUGCGCGCGGAGAUUUUGGGCUACUACAGCCGGCCAUCCUUAAGUCCCGGUCCGCAACCCACGCCAUCGCCAGCCGCUCCCUUGCCGCCGUCUCGGCCAUCCUCCGCCGGUGGCCUCAUGAUGCGGAAGCCCACUACUCCCCCGAAGAAGCGACGAGGGCGGCCCAGCACCAAGUCAGUAGGCAAUCCGGCCCUCACACAAGCUCGGUUCAUUCUUCCCAGAGCCACAGCUUCAUCUCCAGCUCCCGUUGAACGUCAUUCGCCUGCACCCGAGCCAACGGAUGUCUCAGCCGAUUUUCUCGCCGCGCUUCCGGAGGACAUACGCCGUGAGGUGCUGCAGGAACAACAACGCGCAAAGAUGUUACAGCGGCCAGGCGUCAACCCUGCCACGGCGCCGCGAGCCGGUUCACCAAUCGCCUCAGAUUCGGCUGCAGUACCAACUACAGAUCCCCCUGCAGCGCCAGAGAAACGGCUCGUCCUACCGCCACUUCCAGACAGACCGACUUUCACCUCCCAAAGGCUGACGAACAUAUCCGACCUCCGUGAUGCGAUGAGUUCGUGGCACGAGGCGUUUAGCAGCGAGGGUCCCUUCGAAGAAGAUGUGCUCUCGCUUGGAAGGUAUCUCAAGCGUGUCAUUGUGGACGAGAAAGAUUUAGACAAGGCGACGUCUGUCCUAUCAUGGCUUGCGUGGCUGAUAGACGAUGAGCAGAAUGCAAACAAGUCGGAUGCAUUCAAGACGCCAGACCCGAGUGGCCGAACGGGCAGCAGCUCACAGACUGCAAUGACAUGGGAGGCAGCGAUGAAGAGUCUGCGGACAAGUGUUGAUGAGGGGUGUGCAGAGCGAGGGUUACCUCCUGUGGAACUGUGA